ACGUCUGUCGAUAUCCUUUGUCUAAGAUCUGGAAGGGCAGCUCCAAUUAAAUGGAAAACCCAGACGACAACCAUUGCCAUACCACCGGCAAUGGGAGCAGUGUUGCUUUCCAACAUGAAAACCAGAAACAUCUCUCUCCAAAUUCACAAUCUGAAUCCGACGUCGUCCAGUGCUCCCGAGAUGUUGUGGCCAGAGGGCUGUCUUCGACGCUCGCCACUGUGAUCCGGGACUUCGACUCCAGAGCUCAGGACACUCUCAGAAGCCAGGACCAGCUCUCCUCCGCCCUCGAUCGUCUUACCCGAGAACUUGAUCAAUUGUUAGAAGAUGCACCUUUGCCAUUCAUCAUGCAGCAUGCUGCCAAGAUUUUGGGUGUUAGAAAGAGAGUCUCUUCAUUGAAUUCAAUUUUAAAAUCCAUACAGCAUCGAGUUGAUAAUAUAGACCGACUGCUAUCUGUGGGCAUGCUACAUGAGAAGAUGGCCACCGAAAGUUCUGGACAACAUUAGGGUAUGUCAUGUACAUGUGCUUGGAAUUUUCGUACAUGUUCCAUUUUAAUUUUUUUUAAAAUUUUUAAAUUUUUCCUUUUUUCUUUUACUCGCAUUCUGUAGUUUUUCAGUUGUAACAGUGAUUGCAAGAUUAUGAAUCAAGAUUUUUCCCUAACAAGUGCAAACAAAGGUUGUUGGACAAAUAUUUGCUUUG